UCAUGAAAUCUUAGAAAUGGGCCCAACAACCAUUAAAAAACUCAAAAACUUUAAAAACGGUAAAAUAUAUGGGCCUCCUCAACUAACAUUAAUAUUUGCAACAACGGUAACAUCAACAUAAACACAUGACACAGCCUUCCAUACUCGGUUUAUACGCAGUUUUGGCAGAUACCCUUUUCCUUCGCACUUAAACAAACACAUUCAUCAUCUAAUUGGAUUUUCACAUUUUCAUUAUAAUUUCACAUUACAUAACACUUCCCUCAACACCACACUUCUGCUGAAUCUAGACUCUAUUCUUCAAUUUCAUUCUUUUUUUAUCAUUAACAUUAUAUUCCAGUUGCAGGUUUUCAUUAUCUUUGAAGAAUGGCCGACCUUCAAGAUAUUGGUGUUUCGGCUGCAGUAAACCUUCUUACAGCACUAAUAUUCCUCAUAGCCUUUGCCAUAUUCAGGCUUCAACCUAUUAAUGAUAGAGUGUACUUUCCAAAAUGGUAUCUAAAAGGAAUCAGAGCAAGUCCACCGCAUUCUAAGGGUGUGAACAAGAUUGUUAACUUGGACUUUAGAAUGUAUUUGCGGUUUCUAAACUGGAUGCCAGAGGCAUUGAGAAUGCCAGAACCUGAGCUUAUUGAGCAUGCUGGACUUGAUUCUGUGGCUUAUAUUCGAAUUUACCUUCUCGGCUUGAAAAUCUUUGUUCCUAUUGCGGUAGUAGCAUUUGCUGUUCUGAUACCUGUUAAUUGGACCGGAAAAAUGUUGGAAGGUGCUCAUGAUUUGACUUUCAGCAAUAUUGACAAAUUGUCAAUAUCAAACAUUCCAUGGGGAUCAAAUAGAUUCUGGGCUCAUAUUGGCGUGGCGUAUAUUUCCACAUUUUGGAUUUGUUACAUGCUAUAUAGAGAGUACAAAAUAAUAAUGACCCUGAGGUUGCAAUUUAUCGCAUCUUCAGAUCGACGUCCAGACCAAUUUACUGUUCUUCUGAGAAAUGUUCCACCAGAUCCUGAUGAAUCUGUUAGUGAGCAUGUUGAACAUUUCUUUUAUGUGAAUCAUCCGGACCAUUACCUCUUACAUCAGGUUGUGUACAAUGCCAAUAAACUAGCAAAAUUGGUCGAUAAGAAAAAGUCUAUGGAGAACUACCUAACCUACUAUCAAAAUAAGUAUGAGAGAAAACCUUCCAAAAAACCCACUAUUAAGACAGGUUUUUGUGGUCUUUGGGGCACUCGUCAGGAUGCAAUUGAUUAUUAUGCCAAGGAGAUUGAGAAACUUAGUGAACAAGAAGCUGCAGAGAGAGCACGAGUUUUAAGUGAUCCAGAAGCUAUAUUACCUGCAGCAUUUGUCUCAUUUAAAAGUCGUUGGGGAGCUGCUGUUUGUGCUCAAACACAACAAACAAGAAAUCCUACCAUAUGGUUAACAGAAUGGGCUCCUGAACCAAGUGAUGUUUACUGGGAUAAUCUUGCAAUACCUUAUGUUGAGCUCAAGAUACGAAGGCUACUUAUGGCUAUUGCCCUUUUUCUCCUCAUAUUUUUUUAUAUGGCCCCAAUAACAUUUGUUCAAUCACUUGCCAACAUCAAUGGAAUCGAGAAGGUUUUCCCUUUUCUUAAGCAUUUAAUUGAAAAGGAUGUUGUCAAGUCUUUUAUCCAAGGAUAUUUGCCUGGAAUUAUACUGAAGAUAUUCCUCCUACUCAUUCCGAUGGUUAUAAUGUUUAUGUCCAAGAUAGAAGGCUUUACUUCAUUCUCAUCUUUGGAGAGAGUAUCUGCAAGGAAAUAUCAUUUGUUUAUACUUGUAAAUGUGUUCCUUAUAAGUAUAAUUGCAGGAACAGCACUUGAACAGCUCAAAACGUUUCUGCAUCAGCCCCCUAGCGAGAUUCCAAAAACCGUUGGGGCAUCAAUGCCCAUGAAGGCCACAUUCUUUAUAACUUACAUUAUGGUGGAUGGAUGGGCUGGUGUUGCUUCAGAAGUCCUCAGAGUAGUUCCUCUAGUUAUGUUCCAUUUAAAGAAUACAUUCUUAGUUAAAACAGAAAAGGAUAGGGAGCAAGCAAUGGAUCCUGGAUUCCUUGACUUUUCUGUUUAUGAGCCUCGGAUUCAACUUUACUUUUUGCUUGGAGUAGUUUACUGUGCAGUCACCCCAAUACUUCUUCCUUUCAUCAUUGUCUUCUUUGCGUUUGCCUACCUUGUUUUUCGGCAUCAGAUUAUCAAUGUCUACGAUCGGAAAUAUGAAAGUGCAGCGGCUUUCUGGCCUGACGUACAUCGGCGCAUAAUUAUUGGUCUUGUUAUAUCACAGCUUUUGUUGCUAGGACUGUUGAACACAAAAGGUGUAAGGAUGUCAACACCAUUUUUAAUUGCCCUCCCAGUACUGACAAUUUGGUUCUAUAGAGUUUGCAAAGGGCGUUUUGAAUCAGCAUUUACCAGGUUUCCAUUACAGGAAGCAAUGAUGAAGGAUACCUUAGAACGGGCAACAGAUCCAAUGCUGAACAUAAGAACUUACCUAUGUGAUGCUUAUCUACAUCCAAUCUUCAAGGGUGGUGAGGUUUAUAUUCGGCCUCCAAGUGACGAGGAAGAGGGUGCUCCACUUGUAGCAACGAAGCGAUCACAGAGGAGCAGCAAAGUUACCUCUCUUGCCAGUUCAGAAGCUAGUGUAUAGUGCUUGUACAUGUGAAGAAAAUUUUGUUUUCUUAGGUAUAAUGUUUUGUACAUGGUUCAGUAAUAUUUAUGUAAGAAUUGAAAUGAAACUAGAACAAGAGUAAUUUUUUGUGGUUUUAUCUUCCAUCACCCCUAAUGUAUAUUUGCAACGAAGGAAGAAGUAUCCACCAUUCAGGGAGGAUAAUUUGAUGAAAGGCUGUAAUAUUUGUUACCGAAUGUAGAAGUUAAUUUAAUAACAAAACAGCCAUAUGAUA